AUGUCAAAGAUCGCACAAACCCCUGCCCCGAUCGACACCGCUGUCACGGCAAAACAAGCAGACUCCGCUUCCAAGCGCUUGGCAUCCCACUUUUAUCAUCAGCCAAUCAGAACCAAGGCGCAAAUCCUCUUGUCUUGUCUUGCUCGGCCUCGGCCCGGACGGAACGUGGAAACCGGCACGGCACCGCAAUUCAACCAAGCACCGACCCUUAAUCAAGCCAACCUUUUUCCUCCGUGUCACCUCCGCCGAUCGCCGAGAUCACAACCGCAACCACACAUCCCGAAAAUGGUCCCGAGAAUACACACCUACCGUCCGCUCCUGCGGCUUGCCCACCGGCAAAUCCCCGCUCAACCCCGACCAAACCUCGUCGCCGCCGUCGCGUUCUCAACCUCCCGGUCGACCCGGAACCAACCACCACCACCACCACCACCACCACCACCCUCACAAACCCCCUCCGAACCCCUCCCGGAAACCAUCCACAUCAGCGACGCCUCCCCUCCCCCUCCCCCACAGCCUCUCAUCACCAAAACCAUCCCCAACCGCCGCCCCAACCGCCGCCGUCUGAUCUCCCGCCUCCUCUUCGCCGGCACCUUCCUCCUCCUCGGCACAAUCGGCGGCUCAACCCUCCGCCUCUUCAUCUCCCCCCCGACCCCUCCGACCCCCGACACCGACCAAGACAAAUACGUCAUCUCCGACCUCCACUCCCAAGCCUCCCGCCUCCCCAUCGUCCAGCAACUCUCCUCCGACCCAGCCUGGACCAGCUGGGAAGCCUACAACACCCUCCCCCCCUCCCACCGCUCCCAGCACAUAACAGCCCACACCCUCCGCGGCUCCCGCGGCGUGGGCGGCUACCAGCGCAUCUUCCACAACGCCUCCAUCGGCGAGCUCGUCUCGGUGAUCUUCUUUGGUCCGGCCACCAUCGGCUGGCCGGGUGUUGUUCACGGGGGGUGUUUAGCCACCAUUCUGGAUGAGAGCUGCGGUAGGGCAGCGUUUAAGCAAUGGGGUGGGCUGGCGGGUGUGACUGCCAAGCUGAAUAUCGAAUACAAAAAGGCGACGUUGGCGAAUGGGUUCUAUAUCAUAAGAGUAAGACCAAGGACGGAGGAGGAGUUGCCUGAACGUGAGAGGGGGAAGAGGCAUUACAAGAGCUGGGUGGACGCAGUGAUUGAGGAGCCGGCUACGGGGCAUGUGACGGUGAAGGCGGAGGCGUUGUUUGUGGGGGGGAAGGGCAAUGGGAAGGGGGAGGGUAAGAAGAUGUUUAGUUGGGGGGGAAAGGUGCAGGAUGCGCAUGCCGAGUUUUGA